CGGACUCUAGGCGGUGAGAGCGUGCACCGCCGUCCUCGGCCCGGCGCUGGCGGAGGAUGGGGGUCCCGCUCCUCUUUGUGUGCAGACUCCUCUUUCCUUCUCGGCCGGGGGUCGACGGGGCCGCUAGUCCGCACUCCCGCCUUUGCCGCCGCGGUGGGGCUCGGGCUGCGCCCGGGACGGCCUGGGGAGCAGCCCGCGGGCUCCCUCGUCUGCCCGGAUCGUCUCUCGUACCUUCUCACUCCUCCGCCUUCACUUUCCUGACGCCUGGCUUCGCGCCAGGCAGCUCGCCUCUCCCUUUGUAUCUCUCCGCCUGCAGGCGGGGGAGGGGGGUCCAUUGUCCCCAAGGGGCGCUGUUGGAGGGCAAGGAGGGGACCGGCCGCGGUCUCUAGCCCGGGCCAGGGUCCGUGGGGCUAGGGCGUCGCCGGGCUGCGGCGGCGUGGGGAGCGGGGAGGCGCCGCCCAGAGCCCUCGCCCCAGGAUCAGUUCGACAGCUUAGACAAGCAUACACAAUGGGGAAUUGACUUCUUAGAAAGAUAUGCCAAAUUUGUCAAAGAGAGGAUAGAAAUUGAACAGAACUAUGCGAAACAACUGAGAUCAUAUGUUUUCCUAGAAAUUUGGAUUUGGUGGAAUAUGAGAAGAACGUCGUGGACAGUGCUGUAGUUUUUCAAGUUGCAGGGUUGGCUUGAAUGGAGUCUCUAGUGACUUGUGUAUGGUAUCUGAGGGCUCUGGACAUUGGGGUUUGGAUGAGUCACCUAUAAAUGUAAAUCUGGUUAAGAAGUACUGCCCCAAACGUUCAUCCAAAGAUGAAGAGCCACGGUUUACCUCGUGUAUAGCCUUUUUUAAUAUCCUUAAUGAGUUAAAUGACUAUGCAGGACAGCGAGAAGUUGUAGCAGAAGAAAUGGCGCACAGAGUGUAUGGUGAAUUAAUGAGAUAUGCUCAUGAUCUGAAAACUGAAAGAAAAAUGCAUCUCCAAGAAGGACGAAAAGCUCAACAAUAUCUUGACAUGUGCUGGAAACAGAUGGAUAAUAGUAAAAAGAAGUUUGAAAGAGAAUGUAGAGAGGCAGAAAAGGCACAACAGAGUUAUGAAAGAUUGGAUAAUGAUACUAACGCAACCAAGGCAGAUGUUGAAAAGGCCAAACAGCAGUUGAAUCUACGUACGCAUAUGGCUGAUGAAAAUAAAAAUGAAUAUGCAGCACAAUUACAAAACUUUAAUGGAGAACAACACAAACAUUUUUAUGUAGUGAUUCCUCAGAUUUACAAGCAACUACAAGAAAUGGACGAACGAAGGACUGUUAAACUCAGUGAGUGUUACAGAGGAUUUGCCGAUUCAGAACGCAAAGUUAUUCCUAUCAUUUCAAAAUGUUUGGAAGGAAUGAUUCUUGCAGCAAAAUCAGUUGAUGAAAGAAGAGACUCUCAAAUGGUGGUAGACUCCUUCAAAUCUGGUUUUGAACCUCCAGGAGACUUUCCGUUUGAAGAUUACAGUCAACAUAUAUAUAGAACCAUUUCUGAUGGGACUAUCAGUGCAUCCAAACAGGAGAGUGGGAAGAUGGAUGCCAAAACCACAGUAGGAAAGGCCAAGGGCAAAUUGUGGCUCUUUGGAAAGAAGCCAAAGCCACAGUCCCCACCCUUAACCCCUACUAGUUUAUUCACAUCCAGUACUCCUAAUGGGUCCCAGUUUCUCACAUUCUCCAUUGAGCCCGUGCAUUAUUGUAUGAAUGAAAUAAAAACAGGGAAGCCCAGAAUUCCUUCUUUCAGAAGCCUCAAAAGAGGGUGGUCGGUGAAGAUGGGCCCAGCAUUGGAAGAUUUCAGUCAUCUGCCACCAGAACAGAGACGUAAAAAACUACAGCAGCGCAUUGAUGAACUUAAUAGAGAGCUACAGAAAGAAUCAGACCAAAAAGAUGCCCUCAACAAAAUGAAAGAUGUAUAUGAGAAGAAUCCACAAAUGGGGGAUCCAGGGAGUUUGCAGCCUAAAUUGGCAGAGACCAUGAAUAACAUUGACCGCCUACGAAUGGAAAUCCACAAGAAUGAGGCUUGGCUUUCUGAAGUUGAAGGCAAAACAGGUGGGAGAGGAGACAGAAGACAUAGCAGUGACAUAAAUCAUCUUGUAACACAGGGACGAGAAAGUCCUGAGGGAAGUUACACUGAUGAUGCAAACCAGGAAGUCCGUGGGCCACCCCAGCAGCAUGGCCAUCACAGUGAGUUUGAUGAUGAAUUUGAGGAUGAUGAUCCCUUGCCUGCUAUUGGACACUGCAAAGCUAUCUACCCUUUUGAUGGACAUAAUGAAGGUACUCUGGCAAUGAAAGAAGGUGAAGUUCUCUACAUUAUAGAGGAGGACAAAGGUGAUGGAUGGACAAGAGCUCGGAGACAGAACGGUGAAGAAGGCUACGUUCCCACGUCAUACAUAGAUGUAACCCUAGAGAAAAACAGUAAAGGUGCAGUAACUUAUAUCUAAACUAACCAGGCAGCUUUGUGCCAUGUGUGACACAGGAAGAGUAACAUAAAAUGAAAACACAUUCAAGAGGUUGAAAAGAAUAAGGAAAUUUAAAGGGCAUCCAAGAUUAAUUGUUCACUAUGUGAGCUGAGUUAGGCUUGAUCUUGUGAAUGUUACCACAAGAAACUUUUUGUGGCACUUUACUGUUUGAGUAAUGUUGGUGUGAAGCUUAAUUGAUGCCUUUUGCUUUAUGUCCUGCUUAAGUCUGUGUGAAGGAUUUGUGUUUUUCUGCCUUACAAGUAGAAUUUGAUUUAUUGGGCAGGAAUUCAUGGUUAGUAAUGCUCUCUGCCCCCUUUACUUCAGAAAACACAGUGACUCUAGUGAAUUUGAAUAAGUGAAACUGCUCUGAAAUGCUAUGGAAAGCCAACUCCCCAGAGUGGUUUCUUCCAGGAGUUUGGAUUUGUAGCUACAGUUUCCAGGAAGAAAAAUAAUAGAUGGAUAAUUGAGUAAAAUAAUAAUAUCAUUUUCAUUUUAUUCCCUUUUCUUAACUUUGGUUUCCUAAAGGAAGAAAAUAAGCACUUGGCACAGUAAUCUAUUUAAAUAGAUUUAAAGAGAGUUGCACAGUAAAUCUCCUGGUCUAGCUCUUAGGUGAAUAAAGCAUUUUGUUCGAGAGACCUCAACAUAUUUUGAGGUUUGCUGUUAAUUUUCAAUAAUUUACAAGUUUCCUUCCAAACUAAUCUUAUGCUUGUGUAUUUCAUCUUGAAAAUAUCUUUUGGGAAAUACCACUUUAGUGAUUAUUUAGCAUUUAGCAGUUACAUAUAGGAAAAUACAUAGUUAUAUAGAAAAAUACGCAUUUGAAGAUAGAGAAAACCUUGGAGGGGAAGUGUUGACAAAUUUUAAUUUUAAAGGAGGAACUUUUUACUAUCUGGGUUAGAGGAAAAUAUGUGUACCACCAUUUAGGGCAUUUUGUUAUUUCAGCUGAAUCAUUAGUUAUGAGGAUAGAUAAAUGUUUCCAAUUAAUUUCAGCAAGCAUUGUUGGAAACACUGUGCAGUCCAGGAUUGUGCAGUGCUGAUUGUGUGAUCACACCCUGAGUCAGUGGUGUGGGGAAGUAAAAUGAAGAAGCAGUAAGAUUGGUUUUGAUUUUGCCCAUGUUUUUAAAUUUCCUGGUGUUUUCAGUAGCUGUCUAUAAAAUGAUUUUAGAGACAUUUGAGACAGGCACUUUAAACUGAACACCCCUUUUGGUUUUACCAAAGGUCUUCAGUAAUUGUUCUUUUCUUUUUCCUCCUGGACUGCAGGUUCCUGAAGAGGGUUUCUGAGGAAAUGGGCAAGAUGUUGAAGGAGGUUACAUGCAGCUGCUUUUGGGGGGAGGGUAUUAGAGUUGUCAGGCUCAAAGAGAGUGAGAGAAGCAAGUUGCAUGAGUGCAUGCAGACAUGAUUAUUUUUUACUAACUUCAUUAGCAUUUCCAUACAUCGUUUUUAAAAAUCGUAAUACCAACCCUUAAGUUUCUAGUUCACUUACUCCCACAAAAGAAAAAGCCAACAAUGGCUUACCAUUUUUCUGUUUAUUUUAUUGUUGUCUAAUCAAUAAAGAAUGCAGAGCUAUCAAAAAAUUUGUCUUACAUUAGCUGUCCCAACAGGAUUGUCUCCCUCCCAGCUCUGUUUUAAUUGGCUUUUAGACCCACUGUCUGUCAGAUAUUUGCCAUCUGUCAGUGUCUGCCUGCGCCACCUCCGUGCUUGCUUAACAUCCCGUUGCAUGUCUAGAGUGAUUGGGCUAGAUUUUUCAGGCAUGUCUUUAGAUUCCCUUGUUCUUGUCAAAGCCUCUGUUUUGUUUUACAUUUGUAGUGCAUAUCCCAUUGUCAGACAUCUCCAGCACUAAUGUUUCCAUCCUAGUAUUUGUGUGCACUGCUAUAACUUCCCCACUGCAAACAUUCCAGUUUUGGCAUUACAAAGAAGUAGACUGUGAACCUGAAGUAUUUAUGAUAAGAAAAAGAAAACGUCUCUGCUCUAGCCUACAGCCCAGUUGAAAGAACUCUUUGAAACGUGAUACAUCUUCAGCACCUCAGUCUGGGAAGAAUCUAGUCAGCACUGAAAUCCUGGCAUAAUAAACACAGAAGAUACUCACCACCUCAAGACAAAGGACUAUUGUCAAAAGUCAGCUGCUUCCAUUCAAAUGCUGCCUUAAACUAGAGUGCCUAAAUCUGUUGAUUGCCAACACUACCACUACAGUAUCCCACAAAGGGCUUUAUGUGUCAGCUCAGUGCGACCUCCUUUAACUCUGCAGCAUGGCUGCAGCUGCCGAUGUAGCCUCGGUAGGUGGCUAUUAGAGCUCUACUAUGUACAAUGGUGCAUCUUCAAAUUUAUGCAUCAGACUGUCCAAGUCCAUUUUACUUUCCUCAGUGUUUUUAUGAGAAGUUUUAUGGACCUCCCCCAGCUAUCUUUUUAUUUGGGGUUAUCACAGUCAUGUUUGAUUAUUACAAUGAUAGUCUGUUUCCAUGUGAUGCUUUUGUUUGAACCUGAUAAAAUUUAGUGAAACUUUGUAAUUAUCUAUGUGCACUUUUACUUGUAAAAUGGAAUUUCUGUAUGUUUAUACUUGUAAAUAUGAUUGUUGUUAGUGCUCCUGUUGCUUAUGGUGUCCUGCCUCGCAUUUGUGAUUCUGUUGAUGGCUUGUAUCUUAACUAAUUUCUUAGUGGUGUUGUAAUAGGGAGAUGGGAGCGGGUGGGGGGUUAUUUGUACCACUGAAUCUCCAUUACUUUGGUUCUUUACUGUUUCAAGGGGAGAAGGAACAUGAAAUGGUUUGUGUAUUAUUGGAUUUUAAGCAAUAUUUUAGAAGCUGUGUGACUGCUUUAAUAACUUUUUCCCAGUGUUAUUUGAAUCAUACUACCAGUUAUACUAAAGCUGAAUGACAAUUGUGUGAAAGUUACUACCUUCAUAAGAUCAAGUCACCACUGUUACACAGCUGACAUAUAGUGUAUUACCUUUGUGGCUAGUAAACUAUAAAGUUUAGAUAUUAAAUCUCGUAACAGGGUUAUUUAUAUAAUGUGACAUUAUUCAAUGCUGACAGACUACAUGAAGUAGUUUUAAAAUCUAGUGCUAUUUUUAUUUUAAAGGUUAGCAAUGAGGAGGAAAUGUGAUCUGGCUGUGUUUGUCUUCUGUACAAAGCCUGAAGUGCUUAUGGUUCUUUGGCUAACAGCCACAGAGGGCAAAGUUCUUGUAAGGACUAACUGUUCUUUUAAAGCUACUGUUUGUUUUUCUAAAAGCAGGAUUUGCUUCCGUAGGAGGCAAGUUCCUUGACGUGGAAUAGUGCAACCUGCAUAUGGGUUAUUAUAAUAGGAAAGACAUUUGUACUUGCACAGUUUAAAUCAUUCUUAAAUUUUGAACAUGUGAAUUGUCCCAAAAAAUCUUUAAUUUUUUGGUAAUUUUUACUCUUUUUGUGCACAUGUUGAUUUCUUAAUGGUAAAUCCUUCUUUUAAAGAUAGUGUUCUCUGUUGAGAAUAUUUUCAUGGAAUAAAACAAUCUUUUCAUGGCCUGUUAA